GCGAAACUGCGGAUCCGCGUUGCGAGAGGGCUUGGGGCUGUUUCCUUUGAAUGACUGGGAAGGCUCUCGACGCGUAAUAGCGCUCCUGCAAAGCUGCUUCCACGGAAAGGGAGCUGCGGGAAAUUCCUCUGGACACCGCCGACGUUGACAAAUCCAGUGUCCCUGGGCCCUUCCGGUUUUCCUGACAGGUUGAUUUCAAGUCAGCAUGUCCGCUUCAAUGAACGAAUGCCUUCAACUUCAGCUGCUGGAGAUGGAAAUGCUGUUUUCUAUGUUUCCUAACCAAGAAGUAAAACUUGAAGAUGUCAAUGCCCUGACGAAUAUAAAGAGAUAUUUGGAAGGCACAAGGGAGGCACUGCCACCAAAAAUCGAAUUUGUGAUUACACUCCAGAUCGAGGAGCCCAAGGUGAAAAUUGACUUGCAAGUAACCAUGCCUCACAGCUACCCCUACGCAGCACUGCAGCUAUUUGGACGGUCAUCCGAACUUGACAGACAACAGCAGCUCCUUCUCAACAAAGGUCUCACUUCUUACAUAGGGACUUUUGAUCCAGGUGAGCUGUGUGUGUGUGCAGCCAUCCAGUGGUUGCAGGACAACAGUGCCUCCUACUUCCUGAACAGGAAGCUCGUGUAUGAACCAUCUGCACAAGCAAAGCCAGUGAAGAACACAUUCCUCCGAAUGUGGAUCUACAGUCACCAUAUAUAUCAGCAGGACCUACGAAAAAAGAUUUUGGAUAUCGGGAAAAGGUUAGAUGUGACAGGAUUUUGCAUGACGGGAAAGCCGGGGAUAAUCUGUGUGGAAGGCUUCAAAGAGCACUGUGAGGAAUUCUGGCACACAAUUAGGUAUCCCAACUGGAAACACAUUUCCUGUAAGCAUGCCGAGAGUAUCGAAACCGAAGGAAAUGGGGAGGACCUGCGCCUUUUCCAUUCUUUUGAAGAAUUACUUCUUGAGGCCCAUGGUGACUAUGGCUUAAGGAAUGACUAUCACAUGAAUCUGGGCCAGUUCUUAGAAUUUCUCAAAAAACACAAAAGUGAGCAUGUUUUCCAGAUAUUAUUUGGUAUCGAAAGCAAAAGUUCUGACUCCUAGGAAGCUAUUAAGAGACCUAUGCUUGUAAUCUCGCUAAGUUAGUAUUUCUGUUAGUAAGACCAAAAUAAAAGGACCAGUGGCUGUUAAGCAUCAUCUGUGGGGAAUCCAGCUCCAGCAUUUUUCCCUGGAAAUGAAACACAGAAGGCUUUUAACUUUAUAACAGUGCAAUUGUGAUGUUACCUCUAUGUUCUUGUGUUAACUGAAAGCUAUUUAAUGGUAAAUUAAUAAAAACCUGUCUGUCAGUUAAACCAGUGAAGCUAAUUUGAUUAAAAAGGAGUCCAAAGCCCAGUUUAAUGGCAGUAGUCAAAUUGCAGCUCCGAACUCAUAAAUAUGAAUAACACUUCUCCUUUUUGUGUUGCUAGCAUGCAGGUGACACCCCACAUUUUUCUAAGUCAAGUUUAAAAUCAGAACAAAGAGAGAGCAUGUGUUUACCACGUUUCUCACUUUAACUUAAACUCCCUGUUUGGGGUUUUUUCUUUUCAUAAAGCCAAAUCCUGACUGUAAUGGUGGUGACACCACGCCGUGUUGUUACAUCAGUUGAUUGACAAUACUAAGGAUCAUGUACCAAUAUUCUUAGUUGGGUUCUUCUCCACAGAACAAGAUGUGGUUUCUUGUCCACGCAGCCCCACCAGUAGUGCGCAUGGGUCUUCGUCCCUGUGCCAGUUUGCAUCGCUCUGUGGGGCAAGGAGUUUGGGAGAGGACCACUGUGAUGUCCCUGUACCAUCACCUUCCUAGAGAACAAAAGUCAGGCUCUACAUUUUGCUGAUGUCACUGCCAUCUCUUCUGAAACUUUCAAGCUCCACAAGCUUCACCUGCCUGCUUCAAAAUGAGAGUUUAAUGAUAAUAGCUCCUAUUUAAGUAGCUCUUGCCAAACCUUUUUAUUACAAAGCAUCUACCCCUCUCCAGGAAUUUCUGGAAGUCUCACCUGCAGUAAGGGAGGACAUAAGGUCGUGAGCUGCCUCUCUGCAGCUUUCUCUGGUUUCCCACUCUCUCUUUAGCUACUACUGCCCUCUCCCGGGGAGCACCCCACCGACGUCCUGGUCCCCUCAGAACACCAAAGCUGGGUGCUGAAAUUUAGCCACAUGGAGGGGAUGCUUCACUCCCCAUCUCAUGAUGACGUUAGAUGCCAAAAUUCCUGCGUGUGCUGGUGGCAUUUACAGAAUCUUUGAUGAAACCGUCCAUUCCGGUGUCUGCUUUUAGUCUGUGUCUAGGAUGCAGACACAUGUCCGGGCAGGGCCAGGACGUGACAAACAGCAGACCCUGCACUAAGCUGACUCUCCUAAACGUGAGGCCUGGGAACGGGGUCCACUCUGUCCUUCCCUGCGCUCUUCUUAGCUCAUCAGAAUGAGUCUCCUGUCACGGCGCAACUCAGACCCUCAAACCAAGGCUCUUGUCCUGGGCCUGCCUUGCCUGCUUAUCCACCUUGCCUAGUCACGUUUUAAUCCUGGCUUUGCAUGUGCCUGGGGCUCAAGCUGGGGCCUCACUUUCCCUAAAUACAAAGGGAAGAAAUAGGGCUGACAUUGCCAAAGACUCAUUUCUCAAUCUUUGCCAGGACUGAAAACAACAUAGUAUAGAGUUCAAUUUCCCAUAUAAUCUCCCCAAGGCCAUAAGAAGUAUAAUUAGCAUUCUCAAGUUUUCAGGCCCUAAACAGAUGUAACCCCGUUAACUUUUUUCCCUUUGAACUGAGACAGGAAUAGAUGCCAUCCACCUAAUAUGUGCCUAAGCCACUCAGAGAGGGUUUUCUAUGAUUAAAUGAGCAAAAGUAGCCACAGAGAGAGAAGUUUAAAGAACAUGGAACAAAAAUUAUUUACAUAAUUCAAGUGAAGGGAAUAAAUUCUGGUUUAUGAAUGCUCUACUGCUUCUGGAGCUCUUUCUGAUGAUAAUUUUUCAGAACCUACUUUGACAGGUCCAAUAGGAGCAUGCGCCGAUGCUUUUUCCUAUCAGAAGCACUGAUAAUAGAAAUGUAGGCUUCAUAGAAAAAAUAUAUAUACACGUAAUGAUAAUUCAAAGCUCGGCUUGUAUGUAUAGUAGAUACACUUCUGGUGUUGUCUGCCUAGCCUGAUAGGAG